AUGUCGUCUCCUCCUAUCAUUAGUCGUAAGGGGUCCCUAGCGACGUCGUCUCCUACGGCCGCGGGGUUACGCUCCCCCCUUAGAAGUCUCGAUCGCCUAAGCCCUACCGUCCUCGCCUAUAUCGACGCUGCCCUUAUCCGACGCCUAGCGCGAGAGAAGAGCCCGCCGAAGCUCGAGACCGAGCUUAGAGAGCCGUCGGUCGCUCGUCGAGGCCUACGCACACUAGCGUUCGGGGUCUACGCUCUAGAUCUCCUAGAGAUAGGCCCGUAG